CAGGAGAAACCUGAAGAAUCGCCAGUCUCUCAGCAGCUGCUGCAUGACUCUCCUGAAGAUCCCUCCCCGUGGCUUUGCGAUCACCUCCCUGCGUCGUCAACCAUGGAACCUCCCGCAAUCACACCAUCGGCCCCGCUGAUGGUUCCAUUGUUGCGGUGACAUGGAGAUCUGGUGCGACGCCCGUAAGCCCGUUUUUCACCUCUUCCCAUGGAUGGUUGGUCAAUUUCUGCUUCCACAUCCUUCCGUCUCCACCGGCCUUCACUCCAACUACUUAUAUCCUGGAUUCCCGCCUUUGCUUUGUUCAAGCCUCUUCACCGAACUCAAUCUCUCAUUGUCUUUUAUCGCCAUCCGUCUGCUCGUCACCAUUUCGACAUUGCAGUUCAUUUCUUCCCUGAUUGACUCACUUCUGCGUCGGACAGCGCGUCCAUCACCAUCAUGGCGGCGAAGAAGCCUAACAUUCUCUACAUCAUGGCCGACCAGAUGGCGGCGCCCCUGUUGGCCUUUCACGACAAGAACUCCCCCAUUAAGACUCCUAACCUGAAUAAACUGGCUGAAGAGGGUGUCGUCUUUGACUCAGCCUACUGUAACUCGCCGCUCUGCGCUCCGUCGCGUUACGUGAUGGUGACAGGGCAAUUGCCCUCCAAGAUCGGCGCCUACGAUAACGCGUCCGAUCUGCCAGCAGACACCCCAACUUAUGCUCAUUAUCUGCGCCGUGAAGGCUACCACACGGCUCUUGCUGGCAAGAUGCACUUUUGCGGUCCUGACCAGCUCCACGGUUAUGAGCAGCGUCUGACCAGUGACAUCUACCCUGGUGAUUACGGCUGGUCCGUGAAUUGGGAUGAACCAGAUAUCCGUCCCGACUGGUACCACAACAUGUCCUCUGUGAUGGAGGCUGGCCCUGUGGUGCGCACCAACCAGCUUGACUUUGAUGAGGAGGUCAUCUACAAGUCGACUCAGUACCUCUACGACCAUGUGCGUCACCGCAACGACCAGCCUUUUUGCCUGACGGUGUCUAUGACUCAUCCACAUGACCCUUAUGCCAUGACCAAGGAGUUCUGGGAUCUCUACGAGGACGUCGACAUUCCCCUGCCCAAGCAUGGCGCCAUUCCCCACGAUGAGCAGGAUCCCCACUCGCAGCGGGUGCUCAAGUGCAUCGACCUCUGGGGCAAGGAGAUGCCCGAGGAGCGCAUCAAGGCGGCCCGCCGCGCUUACUACGCCGCUUGCACCUACGUCGACACCAACGUGGGUAAGCUGCUGAAGGUGCUCGAGAACUGUGGUGUGCGCGAUGACACCAUCAUCGUCUUCACCGGCGACCACGGCGACAUGCUCGGCGAGCGUGGCCUUUGGUACAAGAUGGUGUGGUACGAGAACUCGGCACGGGUGCCGUUCAUCGUGCACGCCCCGAAGCGGUUUGCCCCUAAGCGGGUGUCGGAGAACGUGUCGACCAUGGACCUGCUGCCGACCUUUGCCGGGAUGGUGGGCGCACCCUUGAUCCCGGAGCUGCCCUUGGAUGGUGUGUCGCUGAUGCCAUACCUGACGGGCGAGGAGGGCGUCAAGACGGACACGGUGCUAGGCGAGUACAUGGCUGAGGGUACGCAGUCGCCGACGGUGAUGAUCCGACGUGGCCGCUACAAGUUCGUGUACUCUCUGAUCGACCCGCCCAUGCUGUACGAUUUGGAGACCGAUCCCGCGGAACGGGUCAACCUGGUGGCGGGACUGACGGAGACGCCCCAGCUGGAGACGCUCAAGCCAGUAGCCGUGACACAGCUGCAUCCGGCACCGCUGCCGACGCCCAACGACUCGCCGCGGGUGUCCCCGAUGCAACGCACGUCGUCGUUCCCAUUCCCGACUCCUCCCCGCACGCCCAGCCCGGCCAAGACGGCGUCUGCACUGCCGACCACCAGCGACCCAGCGCAGCUACUGGCGUUCUUUACGGAGGAGGUGCACGCACGCUGGAACUUGGUGCAGAUCCGAGAGGACGUGCUACGGUCUCAGCGUCGACGCCGACUAGUAUACUCGUCGCUGAUCAAGGGCACCCCAUCGAUCUGGGACUACGAGCCGCGGGUGGACCCGAGCGCCCAGUACGUCCGCAACCAGGGCAAGGGAGCCUUGGACGAUGUGGAGUUGAUUUCCCGUUGGCCUCGCGUGCUGCAAGAGGUUGCGAAUGCCAAGGGGGUGCACGUUUAACUGGUUAUUAACAGAUUUUCGGUGGAUUACGAAAUUGCGAUGGAUUUUGCGAUAAAAUGUUGUCAUCUAGCGAGGCGCAUGGUGC